UGAGUGUCUUCGAACAGUGGUCUGUGAAACUUUGAAUUGAAAUUAUUGUGUGCAUUUUCGUUUAAGUGAAGCAAUUAGCAAAGGAAAUAUCAAACGAAAAAAAUGGCAAACAAAGUGUGUACCGUCUUAGUUCUAGCUCUAGCUAUGUUCGGAACAGGAGCAUUAGCGAAACCAGGAUAUGCCGCAGGAUACGCUGUUGAUUAUUAUGAUCAUCCAAAAUACGCUUUCAAUUACGGUGUAUCAGAUCACACAACUGGUGAUCAUAAAUCGCAGCACGAAACUCGUGACGGUGAUGUUGUAAAGGGUCAAUACUCCCUCGUUGAACCAGACGGUUCCGUACGAACAGUAGAUUACACAGCCGAUCCAGUCAACGGUUUCAAUGCAGUCGUUUCCAAGAGCGCUCCAACUGUUCACGCACAUGCCGUUCAUGCCGCACCAAUUGUUAAGGCUGUUCCAGUCGUCCAUGCCGCUCCAAUUGUGAAACAUGUCGUACCAGCUGUACAAAAAGUUGUUUAUGCAUCCCCAGCACCUAUCGUUCAUGCUGCUCCACACUACGCUGCAGCUCCCAUCCAUUAUGCAGCACCAGCUCACUAUGCUACUUCAGGACACUAUGCUGCUCCAGCUCACUAUGCCGCACCAUCUCUUCAUUAUUCCGACUACGAUCACUACGAUUACGAACCACAUCAUUACUCACACUAUUAAACAUGUAUACGAAAUGUUUUCAAGCCAAAAAAAAACAUUGAAAAAUGAAAACUCCUUCACUA